AUGUGGCCCCUAAUCAUAUUUAUUUUAUUUUUAAUAAUCAUAAAAGAUCUCAUACAAAAACCGCUUCAUUACCCUCCAGGUCCAACUUUAAUGCCAAUUGUGGGUAAUCUACUAUCGGUUUGGCUAAAAGUGAGGAAAGUUAAGUAUUACCAUAAAGUAUGGCAACACUGGUCGAAAGUUUAUGGAAAUAUUCUGGGUCUUCGUCUAGGUUUUGUAAAUAUCGUAAUUAUAUCUGGCAAGGAUUUAAUAAAAGAAGUUUUGAGCCGCGAUGUGUUUGAUGGGAGACCCGAUGGAUUUUUUUAUCUCAUGAGAUCAUUUGGAAAAAAAAUUGGGCUUGUUUUUUCCGAUGGCCGAGUAUGGAACAAAACCAGACGUACAGUUUUGAAAUAUUUAAAGAAUUUUGGCUAUGGUUCCCGCGCAAUGGAGACUAUUAUCAGUGAAGAGUGCAAAGCUCUCGUCGAUUUGAGAUUACAGGAUGCUGGAAAAACCGUCAUUAUCAAUCGGAUGUUUGACGUUUCAAUUGUCAAUAUUCUGUGGAAAUUGGUCGCGGGAAAAAGAUAUAAUUUAAAAGAUAAGCAAUUAUUGGCCCUGUGCAAUUUGAUAACCCAAUCGUUCAAGGUAGCCGACAUGAGUGGGGGUAUAUUAAAUUUCUUACCCUUCCUGAGAUUCAUAAUGCCAAAUUUAAUUGGAUAUACAGAACUGAAAAACAUUCAUAACACCUUGUACGAUUUUCUAAAGAACACAAUAGAGGAACACAAGGCUACUAUCGACGUACACAAGCCGAGAGACGUCAUCGAUGUGUUCCUGAUAGACUCUAUGGAACAACAGUCGCUUACCAGCGAUGAGGAGCUUCAGGUGAUAUGUCUCGAUCUCCUUGAAGCGGGAGUUGAAACAGUUAACAACACGGCUGUAUUCAUGUUGCUACAUAUAGUUAGAAAUGAUAGCAUACAGAGGAAACUUCAACAGGAGAUUGACGCGGAAAUAGGACAGACGAGGCCGCCAACACUUAGUCACAGAUCCAGCAUGGUAUACACUGAAGCAGUCAUAUUAGAAACUCUUCGGAUAUCAAGUGUGGCGGCAGUCGGCAUCCCCCAUAUGGCACUCGAAGAUGCACGAUUAGGAAAAUAUGUUAUACCAAAGGGCACUUUUAUUUUACUGGCAAUACACGAUCUACAUAACGGUCCGUACUGGAAAGAUCCCGAAGUGUUCCGCCCGGACAGAUUUCUAACUAAAGAAGGAAAUCUCAUACAAAAUGAAUUUUUCAUGCCGUUCGGAAGUGGGAAAAGAAGAUGUAUCGGCGAAGGUCUGGCCAGAUCGGAAUUGUUUCUUUUUUUGGUACACAUUUUACAAAGAUUCAAUCUUAAAAUACCGGACGGAGAUCCGAUGCCGUGUCCCGAACCGAUUGAUGGUGUGACUUUAUCGGCUAAGGAAUUCGGAAUAGUAUUUGAACCAAGGUUUUAA